UACAUUUCCCAGCAUCCCCGGCGGCUCAUGUAGCGUGCGGCGGCGGCUGUGCCGCUCUCCCCGGCGGCAGCGACGGUUAACGGUGUGGAGGGGGCGUGAGGCGGGAGCUAUGGCUGACAGCGGAGACUCCGCGGCGAGUCCCCGCGUCCCGUCUCCUCCCGGCUCCCCGCUGCAGGGACGAAGGCGGCCGGGCUCCUCCGCGGCUCCCGGUGCGGGCAGCAGCAGCCAGUCUCCGGAGCGGAGCGCUGCGGGUCCCCCCGGGGCGGCGGGGGGCGCGGCGCCGCGGCUGCUGCUGUUGCCGCCGGCGGCGGUGUCGUCGCUCCCGCGGCUGGACAAGCCCAUCAAACAGGCCUUCUACAACACCGGGGCGCUGCUCUUCGCCGGGCUGUGCUGCGGCGCCGCCGUGCUGGUCUACUUCAUCCUGGAGGCCUUCCUGCGGCCGCUGCUCUGGGCCGUGCUCUGCGGCACCUUCCUGCACCCCUUCAAGAGCUCGCUCACCGCGCUGGGCCGCCGCUGGCUCGGCCGCCUGCACCGCUCCCGCACCCCGGUGCUGCUGGCCGCCCUGCUGCUGCCCAUCUGCUUCGCCAACUACAGCGCCGAGGCGCUGGGCGAGCAGGUGCUGCGCAGGCGGCGCCUCCUGCUGCUGCUGGGCGCUGGCGGCCCCCUGUUCUACGGGCUCUACUGCCUCGGCAGCUCCCUGGGGGUCCAGGUGCUGCUGGCCCAGACCGGACUCCUCAUCUGCCGGGGGCUCGACUUCUUCAGCAGCCUGUGGAUAUGGACCUUGGUUGUCGGUUAUCUGUUGACCAUUUCAUUCAAGUGGAAUGCAAGCACUGAGCGUUACUUAAGAGCAAUCUCCAUUCCUGUCUGGAUAAUACUGCUCUUCCACUUAGCUUCUGUGGCCGGCUCUUGGAGGAUUCCAGUAUUUCUGGUUAUAGUAUUUCUGAUGACUGUGGGCAUGUUGCAUGAGCAACGGGGCGGAAAGGAGUCUUCUGGGACAGAACUUCCUGGUCAAAUGAUUUCCAUUGCUGCUUCUACAAUUGCCAUGGCAAUAUCUGUCACAGGAUAUGAGUCAAGUAAUGAGCAACAUUCACCCCAACCCUCAGAAACAGCAGAAAGUGGGCAACCCUCUCAAGCCUCAUCCUCUUCGUUUUCUUCCUCUUCAUCCACUUCCGGUGGCAGACACAGGCCUGAGAUUGGAGCUUUUCUUAGAAAGAAGAAAACCAGUGAUAUCUACUUUGUUACACUUGUAUGGGCCAUUGUCGUAGUCCAAAUCUGGCUGAAUCUCUGGAUUGUGCAGUUAUUGCCAGUACCUGUUGCAGUUUGGGUUGUUAAAAAAUUUGUGGUCCACUUUGGAGUUGUAAACUUCAUGGCGAAACGUUGUAGUCGUUGGUGGCAUGUUCUGGAAAACUUUGUGAAGGAGCGGCAGGAGGCUCUCGCUCCACGGCCAAUCAGAGGACUUGGAAGGGUCAUGCUAAAACUUGACAGUAAGCUGUGGCACUGGCUUAAUAAGAAGAUGAUCGUGUGGUUGGAGAAAAUGCUUGAUAAAAUAAUUAGCAUUUUCAUAAUAUUUUUGCUAGUGAUAGGAACCCUUCUGCUAGCCCUUCUCCUUACGGCAAAGGUACAUCAAGAGAGCGUUCACUUGAUUCAAGUCACAAGCAGCUUGAUCAAUGAGACUGUAGCCAAUCAUCCAGAGUGGGCAAACUGGCUCCCUGAAGCUCAGGUCAUUCAAAAAGCUCUCAAUUCGGCUGCUAAUAAUGUGUAUCAGUAUGGCCGAGAAUGGAUUACACACAAGCUCCAUAAGAUAUUAGGAGAGAAAGUGAACAACACUGCUGUGAUUGAAAAGCAAGUGCUAGAGCUCUGGGACAGACUUUAUCACUCUUGGUUUGUGAAGAAUGUAACGCAUUCUGGAAGACACAAAGGACACAAGCUGCAUAUAAAUCGUCAGAACAGCUGGCUGGGUGACAUUCUGGACUGGCAGGAUAUUGCUUCAUUUGUUCAUGAGAACAUUGAGACAUUUCUUUCAAUUCUGGAGUCCUUAUGGAUAGUGAUGAGUCGUAAUGUGAGCCUUCUUUUCACCACAGUAACGACAUUAGUGACAAUCCUCUUCUAUAGUGGGACAGCCCUUCUCAAUUUUGUGCUCUCACUGGUGAUUUUCCUGACCACGCUGUUUUAUCUGUUAAGUUCCAGUGAUGAGUACUACAAACCAGUAAAGUGGGUGAUUAGCUUGACACCUUUGUCGCAACCAGGCCCAUCCUCAAAUAUAGUUGGCCAGUCUGUGGAAGAGGCCAUAAGAGGUGUGUUUGAUGCUUCUCUCAAAAUGGCUGGGUUCUAUGGACUGUACACCUGGCUCACUCACACUAUAUUUGGAAUUAAUAUUGUCUUCAUACCAUCAGCAUUGGCAGCAAUCCUUGGAGCUGUUCCAUUUCUGGGAACAUACUGGGCAGCUAUACCUGCAAUUCUAGAUCUGUGGCUCACCCAAGGAGAAGGAUGCAAAGCCAUUUUGCUCUUGGUUUUUCACCUGUUGCCAACGUACUUUGUAGACACAGCAAUCUACUCCGAUAUAUCAGGAGGUGGCCAUCCCUACCUGACAGGCCUCGCAGUAGCUGGUGGAGCAUAUUACCUAGGAUUGGAAGGCGCGAUCAUAGGACCCAUACUGCUUUGUAUACUGGUGGUUGCCUCUAACAUAUACAGUGCCAUGUUAGUGAGUCCAACAAAUUCAGUUCCCACCCCAUCACAAACACCAUGGCCUCUGCAGAUAUAUCAGCCAUCUAGAGAGAAUCCUGAAGAGAUUAAAAUGGCCACAGAGUGAGAUUUACACCAUCUUGCACCUGAUCAACAUGAAGUUGUCACACUCUUCUACCUGGAUAGAGUUCAGAACAGUCGUGGCCUUCUGUCCCUCUUCCAGCUGUGCCUAGUGACAGCUCAUAGUGAAGCACAGUUUAAAACAAACCCUCACAUCUGCUGGCCUUACAUUAUUAAGCACUUUGCCUUUGCAACAGAGACUGUCUGCUUCCCAUCACUUUGCAUAUUAACACAUAGACUUAAAGUUCAGAUGCCUUGUAUGUAGAUUUUUUUUCUUCAUACAAAGAUCUUAAGAAGGACAAGUAAUAUCCACUGAAUCAAGGUUGCCAUCUGCUGAAAUGACUAACUUGGCUUUUAUUUCUUUGGAUGUUUGCAUUAUUAGACUUAUAGUAAUUUUAAACAAGUUAAACCCCCAAGUCUUUUGUUGCUGAAAUCUUUAGUUGAUCUAAGGGUGUAUUUACUUGUAGAGAUGCUAAAACUUUUAAAGGUGUGAAGCACCUGCUAUUAAAAGAAAAUAUAGUAUAAUUAUCUGCUGCUUCUCAAAGCAUUUCUUUUGAGAGGUGUGACAGUCACCAUUCAAUUAAUAACACUUGAAGCUUAUUUAUGGUACACUAAUAGUGUUUAUACUGUCAGGGAGUGAUGCUUCCACUUGCAGAUUGUGUUAAGUAUCAGUUAUCCUCACGUGGAAUAGGAGUAUUUGUAAAAACAGUUUAAUCCUUGAGUUCACUUUUGCAGUUAAACUUAGUUCUGUUUUGGUUUAUUGAUAAAGCUUAAUUUAAUGCACCAGGGUCUCAGUAAGAUGAUGUACACGAAGUCCCAAUGGAUUCUUGCCAAAUUUAACCAAAGGACUUAAAUAUUUCCAGGCAGAAGUAAUAUUGGAUUACCAUAUCUAAUUACAGUAUUUGGAAGAUGCUGAAUGAUUGUGUUCGCACAAUUUUUUUUUUAUUCUCAUUUAUUGAGAAAUCAUAAUCAAGAAGGUGAGAGAUGAUGGGGGAAGGGGAAAAGCACAAGACAAGCAGAGAUCUCAAAUUCCUAAAAUGUCGUCUUGUCCUGGGCACCAAAUUGAAGUACACUAGAGCUUUUUUUUUUCUUUUUUCUUUUUCUUUUUCUUUUCCCUUCCCCCAAACUGUAGUUGGCUUUAAAUUGCAGUUUUAGUGGCACUGAAGGCUUUUCAUACCUUGGUUAUUGAUGCAGGUUUGAAAUAGUGGUUUAUUGGCACCAAAAAAGUAAUUAAAUUAUUUUUGUGUAAGUUCUUAGACUCAAAAGACGGAUACAGCGAGCAAAACUUUUUUACCCCAAAUACUUGGUCAAAGAAUACAUUCAGAUCAUCAGGCACCAGGUACAAUAAAUAAGCUGCUAUGUAGGUGAUAUGGUUUUCUUUUCUUUUUUUAAUACCAGAGCAAAACCAUUCAAUUCCUGAUUGACUCUACCUUGAAUUUAUGACAGGGUUUCUUCUUUUCUGAUUUAUACAAAAUACAGGCCAUGUCUUGCACUUCAUCUCUCCUUGCAUUAUAAAACAGCUAUAGUACAAAUCUGUCCAUAUCAUAGACCCAAGUGAGAGAGGUUGUUAUAGAUCGCUACUAGUUUUUUGAUGUGACCGUACAUGUAUUUAUAGAUAAUAUUUCUAAGACUGGAUCCUUUGUGCCCUAUGUAUUGCAGUGUUUUGAGAUCAGUUCAGUGUGCUGCAAUGCAUGGGCACAAUUUGUGUAGUUCUGGAUGGAAUAACUGCCCUAACUUUGAAUUUCCUUGCUUCCGUGGAACAAAGUUAGACCCUUUACAUUAUUCAACAUCAUUUUGUUUCAUAAAUGACAAUUAUAGAAAAAGUCAGGAUCUCACUGAGUGUCAAUAUUCCUGUAGUAUACAGACCAGUAUAUGAAUGAUAGACUCUUGGAAAUUGCUACGUUCUGUUAUGUUAGUGUAUGCUACCAUUCUGAGCAGCAUUGCAUAUCUGUUUUGGUUAAUCAGGUCAUGGUGUACC